UCAUGUGAUGGGGGUACUUCUGUGCGUUACAUCACUUCCUGUAAUGGAUAAUAAGAUGGCCACUUGCUGAAGGAGACGGGUGUGUGGAGAUAGAUAGAUAGAGAGAGAGAGAAGAGGAGAGGAGAGAGGGUUUAACACGAAUAUAAAAAGCGUGAGACGCGACUGCUCGGGUAAAACGGAAAGAAUCCAUCACACACGAUGCCGGUUGCUGUUGGACCUUACGGGCAGACCCAGCCCAACUGCUUCGACAGGGUUAAAAUGGGCUUCAUGAUGGGCUUUGCUGUGGGGAUGGCAGCCGGAGCGAUGUUCGGCACCUUCUCCUGUCUCAGGAUAGGGAUGAGAGGCAGAGAACUCAUGGGUGGGGUUGGCAAGACCAUGCUGCAGAGCGGAGGCACGUUCGGCACGUUUAUGGCAAUCGGAAUGGGAAUCAGAUGCUGAAAGGCGAUCUGCACUUUCUACAAGACUGUGGGGUUUAGAAUUCACCCUGACUGCAGGAAAAAACACUUUCAGCAACUAUUGCUUUCUGUACAUAUAGAAGUCCUGAUAAAUAUAUAGUUGUGUUAAUAAGCUCCAUUACAGGAAAGAGGAAAAAAAAAAGUGUGGGAAAAAUAAAUGAAUCUUAAUGUAAACAAAA